AUGGAGGAGGAAGGACAGAGAAGAGGAGCCCUCAAGAGGCCGUGGGACACCUGCCGAGAGGUCCCAGUUAUUGAAGAUGAACGGACGUCCUGGAAGAUGAUCAAACUGCUGAGGUUCAUCUCCUUGUCUGCAAUAUUUAUCAUCGUGUUUGGAUUGGCUCUAUGUAGCAAGACAUCUUUCCUUCUCCUCAUUACCUUGGCCCAUGACAGCACAAAGACCAUUCCAGCGAAGCAGAAACCUCUCGCACUGCUGUGUAUCGGCUGCUGCCUUAUUGCACCCACAAUCCUUCUGCUAUUCAAAAGCACCUGGAAAAGCUGCUAUAAAACAUCAAAGUUUCCUAGAAAAGCAACCAUAGCCCUGGUUUUGUUUUUUGAGUUUCUGGUGUCUGUGGGUGUAGCAAUCCUCACCAUUGUGGCGAUGCCUCACCUGGAUGUUGUGACCAACGUGACGAUAUUAAAUGGUGUAGCUGUCCUCUCUGCGCUCCUGCAAGUAGUCGCACAGUGCACUGCCAAGGAAAGAAACCGCUUCCUGGUGCCUGCCACCCUUGCCUUCAUUCUCCUUUUGCUUGGAUAUUGCCUGUUCCUGGGCUUAUACAUUACGAAGGACCCUGCGAAUAUCAAGAUGAGCAUUUGGAUGGGCCUUGCUGUUGGACAUGUUCCAUGA